AUAAAAUGUUUGGAAGUUCUUGACUGGCCGCACAACUGGCAGCUUCUCAUGAAGGGCUCAGCUCCGUGUAGUUAGUUAUUAUAUUCAGCUGUUAACGCAUUUUAUGGCACGCACAGAACACUCUUCCCUGCAGUUACACAUUUUAAUUCAGAUCAAUACAGUGAUCACUGUAUCCAUCCACUAUUUUUGUCAUCCAAUUGUUAAUUUCCUUAUAAUUGGUUCCCACGAUACAGUGGCAAUAAUGUUUCUCUCGUCACUUGUUUUAGUGUGUAGAAGUGUACUUCAAUAUGGCGUCACUUGUUGCGGAUUACAGCUCUUCGGGCGAAAGUGACGAUGAUGUUGAUUGUAACAGUGUCCCUGAAGUGUCAGGCGAAAACAGGCAGCUGAAUGGGCGUACAUCUGAAAAGUUACCACGUCCCAAGUUUGGAACACCAGGUGUUGUGUCGGUCAAGAAUUCUGUGUUCUCAAAUCCAUUUGUAGAGGCAGAGAAUGCGAAGAAAGCUAUCCUUGAGAAGCAUGUUAAAAUGACUCCAACUAAAGAUGAAAUUAAAAUGAUAAAUGGAAAAAGAAUAUGCUGGAAUUUUCGGAAAGGUCGUUGUAGAUUUGGACAUAAUUGUAAGUUUGCACAUGAUUCUGAUUUACAUCAAUCAGAGACAGAGUUACGGGACAGUGCUAACCAGAACGAACAAGUGCCUUUACUCAAUCAGAUAUUACCAGUUCCAGAAGAAGAAACUGAGGCAGAGAAAGAGAGCACUUCUUCAACACAAAUCAUAAGGAAGAAAAGACCAGGUCUUACUUCAGGACUUGUUCCUGGAAAGAAAGUAAUGAAACUAUACAAAAAACAGACGUCUCAAGAUACAGGAUGGAUAAAAGGAAACAGAUAGUUAUUUACUUGUAGGACACAUGCCUAAUAUAUACAGCCUUGUUUGUUCCUAGCACAAAAUACUACAUGAUUCUUACAUAUGGAAUUAUACAUUCAAGUGUAAUUAAUAUGUCCUAAAAGAAAUAAUAUUCAGCAGCAGCAUAACAGAACAAUGUAUUAGCUGUACAUCAUUAGUCAGUUAAGUGAAGUGUCCUUUGAUAAUGUUAAAAAUGAAAAUAGAUUAAUUAAAAUUUAUAGUUUCAUUUACUGGACACUGAUUAUGUGACUACAGUUUCUUGUAAGUCUCAUGAUCAUGGCAAAGAUCUUAGGCUCAAAACUGCAAGGGCUAUACUCGUACAUCAGUCAUAUAUCUAGAACAUUGACUUACAGUUUCUAUAAAGAGGGGAGUGAACAAUCAUGGCACGUCCAGUUCUGUAUAAACUUUGUGAGGAUAAUUUCUCUAGUUGGUUAUUUAGUGAUGAAAGUAUCAGGAUCAUAUGGCUUUGGACAUUAGGGUGAUUGAUGAAUUGGAAAGAAUUUAUAGGGAAGUAGGCAUGGCUUAAUUGAUGUCCUAUCUCAGAAUUUGCCUGAAGGGACUGAGGACAAAUGCAGAAACAUCAGGCUAGGAUAGCCAGUGUCCUGGCAUUGAUUCAAACAGAUCAUUACCAUUAGACCAGCUUCUUUGAUGUGAGAGUAAAGAAAUCCUUAAGUUUUAUAAACAAAAUGCACUAGCAGAAUGCCGCCUUAUAUUCAGCCGUUGCUGUUCAAGCACACAGUCCUGUGGUCCAGGGUUAAGAAGCAACAAUGUGAAAAGUCAGGGGUUUUUCAUAUUUGUUAUUGUUUCAUGAUGAUUUUGCCAUAAAAAUUAUAUUAACUUUCUUGUUGGGAAGUAACAAUGCUGUGGUUUUUCACAAGUGUUAUUAGCUGCUCUACCUGAUGUUGGCCAGGCGUCAUCUACACAGAUAAUCAGGAAACUUAAUAGAUUGAAAGGUUUAAGUGUAAUGGUAUUUCAUGUGGUCAGUUUAAUAAUCUGAAUACAGUGCUGUCAUCCACCAAUGACAGUGGCCACACAGUCUAAGGCACAACCUGUCUUCACUUGCUCAAACACUGGGAUCGUGGGUUCAAAUCCCACUGAAGACAUGGAUGUCUGUGUGCAUUUACUCUUUGUGUGUGG